AUUGAUUCCUCGCUUCGUUAAACGACCCACCAAAUUGGUAUUCCUCCGAUACUUGUGAGAGCGUCAGAACCCAGUUUAAAAAAUUCACAAUAUCCGUCGUCUUCGAUCUCUCCUUCCCUCUCCGUCUCGGCCUCCCUCUUCUCGGAGAUUGUCACACUGCCCGAUAUUCUGACCUCAAUUUUCGUGUAUCUGGAAAGGGAGCACCAGAUUUUCUGAUUCAAGAAGAUGCUUCCUCUUUCUUUGCUCAAGACUGCUCAAGGGCAUCCAAUGCUUGUGGAACUCAAGAAUGGAGAAACAUACAAUGGACACUUGGUGAAUUGUGAUACUUGGAUGAACAUACAUCUGCGUGAAGUCAUAUGCACAUCAAAGGAUGGAGACAGGUUUUGGAGGAUGCCGGAGUGUUACAUCCGUGGCAACACAAUUAAGUAUCUUCGAGUUCCAGACGAGGUGAUUGAUAAAGUCCAAGAGGAGAAGAGCCGCACUGAUAGAAGACCACCGGGAGUUGGAAGGGGAAGAGGACGGGGUGAAGGCCCUGGAAAGCAAACAAAGGUCCUUGGACGCGGUCUGGAUGAUGGAGGCGCUAAAGGCCGUGGCAGAGGAGCUCCAAUCGGCAAGGCGGGUGGUAGUAAAGGUGGUCGUGGACGUGGUUGAUAUGAUCUUCCAUUUGUAAAGCCGAAGCCUUCCCCGUACCAUAGCUGCGCUAUUAGUGAUGGUGAGAAACUCGUUGUUCUGUAUGUUCAAGAAGAAUCUUGUUCUUCUCGGUCUCUCUCUAUUUUGAGAGCUCGGGAUGGGUUUUUUUCUCUCUUUUUUCUUUUCCGAUUCUCCAAGAUUGUUUUUCCCUUUCUAUUUUUGUAAAAUUCGAUGGGUUAUGCUCUGCCCAUCUUGCAGUUUUAAUCUGAAAUUCUGUAAUGAAUCUGUGAUUUUAUCAAUUAAAUUUAAGAUAAUACAGUAA